UAGUAAAGGCAGCAGCGAUAUGCGCGGUCGGCAGCUCGCUUGGGUCCUUUUGCUUUCAGUUUAGCUAGCUAGCUAGCAAUACUGUCAAGGGUGUAUUGUUGUCGUUCGUUGAUAGGGACUGUGCCUAGGACGAGCAGAAAUGGCCGGAAUCAAAGCUCUAAUCAGUUUGUCCUUCGGUGGAGCUAUUGGCCUCAUGUUCCUGAUGCUAGGAUGUGCUCUUCCAGUGUAUGAUAAAUACUGGCCCCUGUUCCUUCUCUUCUUCUACAUCCUCGCCCCCAUACCGUACUGCAUCUCCAGGAGAGUUGUUGACGACACAGACUCCGCCAGUAACGCCUGUAAAGAGCUGGCCAUAUUCCUCACAACAGGGAUUGUGGUUUCAGCCUUUGGCCUCCCCAUUAUAUUUGCUAGAGCUGAAGUUAUUGCUUGGGGAGCCUGCGCGCUUGUGCUAACGGGCAACAUUGUAAUUUUCGCAACCAUCCUUGGAUUCUUCUUGGUGUUUGGGUCGAAUGAUGACUUUAGUUGGCAGCAGUGGUAAAGAUGGGGAUGGGGUUUGGGACCUUAGACUCAACUGUUUUUACUACUAGCAUUAUUAUUAUUAUUGUGUUGUUGUAAUUAUUUUAACUGAUGUUAUUUAUUUGGCCAACCAUCCAUAGUCACAUAAACCCUGUGCAAUAAUCUGUUUUAUCUGUCAUGCAGAAUGUCAAAUUGACUUUGAUUGGACGACGGUGACAUUCCUUCGGAAGUUCUUUGAUUCACAUUUGUGAUUGGCCUGGAAACUCAUCUUUGAGUGCUGCAAGUAAAUAAUGAUGAGAUCUCAUUGGAUCAUCACGUGUGCGUGUAAAAUCCUACGGAAUGUCAACCUGGGCCUGACAUGACCAAUAGGACAUGGCCAUAAGCUUUCACAUUUCCUGUGUGUUUCUUGUUUUUGUACAGAGGUUGAAAGUUGUUGGGGUUUUUUGAGGACAAAGUUCUGCUUUUAUUUUGUCUGGCUACUCAGUGCAAUGUCAUGUUGGUUAGUAGGCCCCUCCCUCCCCCCCUCACUGCUCCUCCCCCCUACCUCCUCCACUUCCCACUCCUUUAUGUUCUAUAAACUAGAUACCUGAGCAGACUUUCACAUAAAACUGUGCAAAAAAAAGUCAGCUCAAAAUGACAAGUUAUAGAAGGAUUCUGUUCUUAUGAUAUGUAAUUCAAUGUGACCCCCCCAGACAGUGGUCCAAUUCUACUGACUCAGCAAUUCACAAAUGACAAGCAACUCAUGUUUCGAUGCUAUUUCAAUGCUGAUUAGACAUGGCGUUAAAAAAACAUAAAUAACCAUAGGAUCCAUUGGCUGCAGCUGGGGCAAGUAAGGAUCUAGGCUUUUGAUGACCUUGGCCACUGACUAAUUUCCCUCAAUUAAGUAUCCAAAGAAGACUAUGUACUUUUCUGCCCCUUUCUAGAGGUAAAUCAACUGUUAUUUUACUUUCAAGUUGAAGUUGUGAGUAAUGAAUCUGUAUUUGAUAAACCUAUUGUUUUGAUAAGGAUUCAGUACACAUUCAAUAGGCUUUUCAAUACCUUCCUCCAAGGAAGUAACUGACUUAAGUUGAGGUGACCUAUUCCACUUUGUGUGGUCUGUGCAUUUGUAUGUUAAGAUGCAAUGAAGUCCUGUCUUUUGUUAUUUGCCCUCAUGUUGAAAGAAUUAAGUCGGCAGUCUGCAGCUUUUGGAGUUUAAUUGCUGUUACAUUUAAGGUGAACUAGUUGUCCAACUAAGAAAGGUAUUAAGCAUCUGUCACCCCAUGUGCACAGGUCAAGUCAAGUGAGUAAGAGUGCACCAGCAGUUUUUGUUUGCUUGUUCAUUGGUUUUGAAUGGGGUUGUUCUCUUUGUGAAGACUGGUCUCUGGAAUUGACAAAAUCUGUCUAAAAUGUUUCCAAUCUAAUUGCAGUUAAACACUGGUUAAUCAGGUAUUCUUGAACUUUGUGAGUUUGGUUGUUUAAGUUUAGUAAGUUAUUUUUGUCUUCCAGAGACCUCGACAACAGUGGAGGGAUUGAUUGUAUUACUGGUAUAAUGAUGACUCUUCUGUCCUUAUUUGAGUUGUCUCAAACAUCUGAACUAAUCAUUCUUACCUUGAUUAACAAAGGUAAUAUGACAAAUUGUUUGUUUUUUUGGUCCUUGUAUUUCAAGUUUGAGCUAAAACAAAAUUGUUUUUAUUCAGCCAUUCCCAAUGUUACUAAACUGUAUCUAAAGAAGUUGUGUAGGAGGCAUGGGUUGGGAACUGCAGACUUUCAAUUGAAUUACUGGUUUAUUUAAAGAAAUAACAACAAAAUCUCCCAAACUUUUCUUUAAACACGAAUACAUGACUUACAGAACCUGGUCAUUAUAUGCGUGUUAUGGAUUUAACACCCUUUUUAUUUUUUUGCAAAAGUCUUUCUGAUUUGGAGGAAUAUUAUUUAUUUUACCGGACGCUUUGUGCAGAUGUCCAGAUGCCAUUUUCUAUUGACAACUUUUGUGUUAAGGAGGCAGAACUUAGCAUGGUGGUUUUCUUUUUUUAAUAAAUGCCAUUUUUGAACA